AAUACAGAGCAGCAGGCUGUAUGUUGCUGACUGUGCUCCCUCCAACUUGCUCAUUUCUCUCCCCCCAUCCACGAAUGACGCUUGGGAUCAGGAUCAGCUCAGAAGACCUGGAGCUAUAACGAGGGUGUGUCCUUAUCUUUUAAAAAUCCAGAACUCACUGUGUGUAUCUCGCAGCCUGCAAGAGAUUGAAAGCAACCAGGGAGGGACCCAGUUUAGCAAAUGGAGAUCUGAGAGAGGGGGAGGGAAAACAGUCACCGAGUGAGAGAAGGAGACAGUCAGAGACAGAUCACCAAGAGGAGGGAGACUGAGAGCUGUCUCCUUGCCCAGAGCAGCCCUCCAGACUGUGCAUCUGCUAAUCAGCAGAAACACAGAGGAUUUGUUUGUCUUGGGGAGUCGAACAUCUGUCUAGCCUGCUCUUGACAACAGAUUGCUGCUUCGAGAAAGACCUGAAAAAAUGCAAACUUUUCUGAAGGGGAAGAGGGUAGGAUAUUGGCUGAGUGAAAAAAAGAUAAAGAAGCUCAAUUUCCAGGCCUUCGCUGACCUGUGCAGGAAAAGGGGAAUCGAAGUUGUUCAGCUUAAUUUAUCCAAACCUAUCGAAGACCAAGGUCCCCUCGAUGUGAUCAUCCACAAGCUUACCGAUGUCAUUCUGGAAGCCGACCAAAACGACAAGGAGUCAGUACAACUGGUGCAGAGAUUUCAGGAAUAUGUGGAAGCUCACCCUGAAACCAUCAUUUUGGACCCAUUACCUGCUAUUAGGACACUACUUGACCGCUCAAAGUCGUAUGAACUUAUUCGAAGAAUUGAGUCCUGCAUGCAAGAUGAGCGGAUAUGUUCCCCACCCUUCAUGGAACUGAUGACGGAGUGUGGAGAGGAUACGUUGAAACAUAUAGAGAAGAAUGGACUUGCCUUUCCUUUCAUUUGCAAGACCAGGGUAGCCCAUGGCACCAACUCACACGAGAUGGCCAUUGUGUUUAAUGAAGAGGGGCUACUGACAAUCCAGCCUCCAUGCGUGAUACAAAGUUUCAUUAGUCACAACGCUGUUCUCUACAAAGUGUUUGUGGUGGGCGACUCUUAUACUGUGGUAGAACGUCCUUCACUCAAAAACUUCUCCCCAGGAGCAUCCGACAGAGAGUCCAUAUUCUUUAACAGCCAUAAUGUAUCAAAGCCUGAAUCUUCCUCUGUCUUAACAGCGCUUGACAAGGUGGAAGGAGUAUUUGAACGGCCUAGUGAUGAGGUUAUUCGUUCGAUCUCUAAAGCACUACGACAAGCCCUAGGCAUCUCGCUUUUUGGAAUUGACAUUAUAAUCAACAACAAGACUGGGCAACAUGCAGUCAUUGACAUCAAUGCUUUCCCAGGAUAUGAGGGCGUUCCAGAGUUUUUCAAUGACCUCCUAAACCACAUUGCUGCUAUAUUGCAGCGUCCAGAGGUGAACGCGAACAAGCCAGAGCAGACUGCCAGCAUCCUCGGAGACCGUUUGUGCUGUGCACCUGCAGCCCGGAUAGAUCCCUGGAUUGUGGAAAGCGAGACCAAUGGUUCUGUGAAAUUACAGAGCCAGAGACUAGGUUGCAACACGUCAAUGUCCCCCAGCUUCCAGCAGCACUGUGUGGCCUCAUUGGCAACCAAGGCUUCCUCCCAAUAAAACCAUAAAUGUGAAGAAGGAUUUUUCGGGGAUAAUUAAAAGAAAUAAAUUCCAAAACGACUAUUGGGUCAGUUCCGUCUUGAUGAUGUAAUUGAAGAACUCUAGAAUUCCAAACCAAAUGGAAUUAUUGUAGGCCCGUCGGGAGAGACUUAAAGCAACAUGACAGCCAUAGUGCUACUUUUGGAUUCAGCCAGCGUUCUUAACUCAUUGGCUGCAUAUUUUGUGUCCAGUGCGUGAAGAUGAGGCUGACUUUCAAAAAAUCUUUCCACUACUGUUUAAAAUAUAACAAAAUAGUCGCCACUCCUGGGAUCUUAAAGAACUCUGCUUGUCCUCAGCAGCUGAGAGAUUGACCCACAGUCUGCACUCAGUGGUACGGUUCUUGAAUGUAAGAAAGUAUAAAUCAUAUGAAUGCAGGAAUGUUUACGACCAGAACCUAUGAAAGGUUUAUGAUUUGUUCUAAAUGAAAAAGGAAAUAUUUUUAAAAUAAGGAAUUUUUAUUCUUUAACAGAACUGAUUGGAUAUGACGCCUCUUGCAACCACUGGAUUUCUAAUGCUUGCUUUAAAAAAAAAAAAAAAAAUGUAUAUCUUCUGAAUCACCCUCUUGUAUUUGGAAUUAUUGGAGGUACUAUUGUCAGACGGCUCAAUCAGUCUUAAAUUCACUAUUCUUAAAUAAGAUAUUUUAUGGAUUAAAAACUGCUAUUCUUAAAGUAAAAGCGAGAUGAAAUUCACAUUUUAUUCCAUUUGGCCAAUUUUUAUUGUUGGGUUAUUAUCUGCUGCAAGUACACUUGUAUAACCCACUCUGAGAGUUGAGAGCUGUUAACGCAUUUCACAGACUUGUUAUCAGUGGGGUUUAACCCUUGUGCCCUAUCUUCUCAUCAGAACCGGGUGUAAUGUAAUUAAUGUUGAGUGUGCAGAUCCACCAUGAUUAUAUUAUGUUUCAGUUAUAGGUAAUUUAUUUCAUUUGAUUAUUUCAUUCGAUUUAUAUAUAUAUAUAUAAAUAUACAUACAUUCUUAAUUAUUUCACUGCCAGGAAUGACAGAUUUUGGAAUUUUG